AUCGUCUCUCUUCAAACACCUUUUUUCCCUCUCUCUUUUCUCUGCGUCAGUUUUCAGUUUCAGGUUCUUUUAAUUUUCUUUUUUAUUUGCUUUUAAUCUCACAUUCCAUGUUUUUCAAAUAGGAUUUUCCUUUUUUAUUGAUAAAGAAAUCUGGGUUUUUUUUUUUUGUUUUUUUGAUCAUGGAGCAUUAUGGUAUGAACGAUUCUGCAGAUUUUAGGAGUAGUGCUGAUGAAUAUCUUGAAGCGGUUUGGAGACGACGUAUAGAGUUUAACGUGAACGAAGCUUUGUGGCGAUUACCACCUCUCGGUUUAAAGCUUACUCAAACACCAUCAUUCUUAGCAAGACUAGAUCAAGUGGAAAUAAAUCAAUUAAAUCGCCUUAACAACCUUCACAACAUGACCGACAACAUGACGGAUAAUGCUUAUACUGCCAUGGCUGCUACACCAAUGCCAAACGACUAUAUUUUACAACAUACAAAUAUGAGUAAGCUUAAAGCUGAAAAUUUCAUGAUGUCCUCAAUUACAAUCGGCUCAUGGGAGAGGAAAUCGAAGAAUGAAGGUGAUUUGGUAGCCAAAUGUUAUUUUGCUAAAAAGAAAUUGGUGUGGGAGGUCUUAGAUAGUGGGCUGAAAAGCAAGAUUGAAGUACAAUGGUCUGAUAUUUCGGCUUUCAAGGCUACUGUGCAAGAAGGUGAACCUGGGAUUCUUCAAAUUGAGUUAAAUCAACCUCCAUUGUUUUAUCAUGAGGUUGAUCCACAACCAAGGAAGCACACUCAAUGGAGAAUGGUUUCUGACUUCACUGGAGGGCAAGCUACUAGUAAUAGGAGGCACAUUCUUACAUUUCCACCAGGAUCCCUUGAGAGACCCCUUGAGAAGCUCUUAAGAAGCGACAAACGGUUGCAUCAGUUGAAUCGACAAGAUUUUCCAGAAAGCAAUUCUCCAUACUUUCCACCACCCUCUGUUGCAGAUGUUGUUUUGAAUUUCGGUGGACAACUUCAAAUCAGUCCUCCUCGAAUCGACCAACAACAACAGCAACCUCUUCUUUCAUUUGCAAGAACACCUGAUCAAAUGUAUCGCCCUCCACCACUUGAUUCACCCAUACCAGAAUACGGAAGCAGUCAAAUGUCAUUUUGGGAUCAACUAGCAAGGAUCAACAAUUUUGGAGAUAAUCAUUUCAUUGCAAAUCAAAUUGGGGGAACUAGAAUGCCAUUCAAUGCUACUGUUUCAUCUGUCCCGCGGGUGCCUUUCCGAAGCAAUUACAUACCAUAUCCACAGAAUCAAUUUCGUCGAUUUGCCUUUAUGCAGCAACAGGAGCAGGAGCCGGAGCAGCAGCAGCAGCAGGAGGAGCAGCAGGAACAGCAGCAGCAGCAGCAGCAGCAGCAACCAUCAAUGCUCCAAACAGUCAAUGAUGAAUACCAACAAAACAUGCUCUCCAACAACAAUUCACAAACUGUGGUUCCAAAUAGCAUGAUGACCCCAGGAGGCAAUUUUUUAGAAAAUCCAAAUAUGGGUGACAAUGGUGCGUUGAUGAAUAAUAAUAAUUUGCCUACCGAUAUUUUUGAUCCGCAGCUGUAUGUUCAACUUAUGAACAUGACGACCGACAACGGUUCGUUUAGUUCGUCGGGGAAUAAUUCCGACGGCAAUCAGGAGGGCAAUUAUUGGUUAUGA